AUGAGAAGACAACAACGCGAACCAUCUCGCAAGGCAAGGUUACAAAUCCAGCCGGCGGGAACCUUGUGCGAGCUCACAGGGCAAGGUCGUAGGACCAGCCCGCGGAUCCAGCUCACAAGGCAAAAUUACAGGCCCAACUCGCAGGAACCUAGGGAAGAUCGCAGUCUCACUUCGCAUAGACCCAAGGAACUCACUGAAAGGGCCACGUACUCCGCUAGCCAUCCAGACACAUGUCUAGAAAGCAAUUGGCAGAAACAUCCAACGUCAGGCCAGGAUCUGAAAUCAUUGUCAACAUCCAGGUUUUUUCACUUGUCACCCUUCCCAAAAUCCCCAGCCUUUUCAACUUCCCACUCUUUCUUUCAUCUCUCGCAACCAACAAAGAGGAAAGGCGGGCGCCAUACUCCUCACUCAUCUGCUAAUGUUUGCGGCUGCAACCACCCAACCAUGAUCUGCCUUUACCUUUCUCAACCCUAUUCCGCUUCUUCGUUUUCUUUAAUCCCUUCACUCAUACCCUCUUCAAUACCCAAAUUUAAACCUGCUUUUCAUUGCUUUCCUAAAACCCACAAAAAGAAGAAGAAGAUUAAUAGAGGAAUAUGCAGAGCGGAGUUUUCACCGGAUGCUCCCCUUGCGGCUGCAAUCGGCGCCUGUAUGCUGAGUUCACUACUUCUUCCUGCCGCCGAUACAGGGGAAGAAGAUGGUGGUAGUUCGAUUAUUGAUGCAGGGGAUACGAGGUUUGCGGCUAUGGGAAUUAUUAGUUUUAUCCCUUACUUCAAUUGGCUGAGCUGGGUUUUUGCUUGGCUUGAUACUGGAAAGCGGCGCUACGCCGUGUAUUCUGUUGUAUACUUGGUUCCUUACCUCAGGUCAAAUUUCUCUCUUUCCCCAGAAGAUAGCUGGCUUCCUAUUGCUAGCAUACUAUUUUGCAUUGUUCAUGUUCAGCUGGAAGCAAGCAUAAGAAAUGGUGAUCUUCAAGGCUUUCAAAUUUUUAGUGAGGCUGCUAAGCAUCUUUCAUCAAGGAGUAGAGAGGAAGAUGAACAUUUCAAAGGGUAUAAUGAACCCGAGGUAAAGAAAAGAGAACAUAGGAAUUUGCCUGAUGCUGAAGAACAUUCAAGAAAUGAGAUUCCGCAUUGGGGAAUUCCGAAAAGGCCCUCACAACAUCAUGAACAGGUGAAUGAUUUGGAGGAUGAUGGAAAAAGUGAACACUAGAAUGAUAGGCAUCAUAACUCAACUUGAUCGUAGUAGUUGAAUCUGCAUGAAAUGCUAUGCUGAUGGUAUAAAAGAGCAUGCAAAACAUGAAUAUAGAAAAGAGGCAAAGAUUGGUGCGACAGAAAAGGAGGAAGGAGGGUUAACAUGGUUGAUACCUAGAUGUGGAACUAAAAGAAGCUCAUUACUGCUUUAAUAUUUCUUUUGAACUCUUUUUUUUUUUUUUAAAUGUAAUUUACUUAAAUAUUUCCAUGGUUUAUCAUUCCAAAUAAUGUGUAAAAUGUUUAGGGGAAAAAAUUCCAAAUUAUGUAAUGAAAUUGGAAAAGUUGGUAAAUGGUGGAAAUGGAAGCUAAAUGCAUGUUGGGAAAUGGGAA